AAGAGUUUGAAUCUGGAUUUGAAAAGCGUAGGAGAAAGAAAAGAAUUAAAAAGUUAAUUCAAUCUCAAAAAGGAGCUCUUAAUAAGUUUUUGAUAAAAGAACCGCAACAAAUUCUUAUCGAAAAUGAAAAUGUUGAUAAUGUUGAUGUUGGAGUUCUUGAAAAUGCGGUUACUAUUCAAAAAAAUGCUAUGGCUCGUUUUAAGUGGCUAGAAGAAUGAUAGUAGCUUAAAGUUGUAUUGCAAUUUAUAAGAUUAAAACGGGGCCAACGAAUUGUUUAAGACGGCGCUGAAGGUAUCCAUCCAAAUUAUUAACUCUUCUUUUUAAGGUUCGGGGGGCAAUUAUAAGAUUAAAACAGGGCCAACGAAUUGUUUAAGACGGCGCUGAAGAUUUGUUUGUUUAUGAGACAAUGGCCAGACGAAGGCAGUGUAAGAGGCAACGUAAAGACGACUUUAUCAGUGACUUGACCGAUUCGGUUCUCCUUCACAUACUGUCCUUUCUAAACGCAAUACAGGCUGUUCAAACAUGCGUUUUGUCCAAAAGAUGGAUCAUUCUCUGGAAGAGUCUUUCCACUAUUACACUUAGAUCUUCAUACUCUAGGCCCAGAAAAAGGUUUGAUGAGUUUGUGUCUCGGAUUUUUUCUCUUCGCGAUGGCUCAACCGCCAUCCACACUCUUGAUUUGUAUCGUCGUCAUUCCAUGAAGCAUAGCCUACUCCGGAAGAUCAUAGAAUAUGCUGUUUCACACAACGUCCAACACUUAAGAAUUGAUUACACUUGUCAUAUUGAAAAUUUUCCGUCUUGCCUCUUUUCAUGUCACACUUUAAAGUCUCUUAAUCUUUCUGGUUUCUUAUACAAUACAUUUGUCCAUCAUAAACCAGUAUUUCGAAAUUCUCUGAAUUUGCCAUCAUUAACCAACUUGUCUUUAAAGUACUUUGCCUUUGCUCGAAGUGAUAAUGGUUGUGUUGAGCCCUUUUCCACAUUUAAAAUGUUGAAUAGUUUGAUCAUUGACUGUUGUAUAGUUCUGGACGCACAAAAUCUUUGCAUAUCAAGUACCAAGCUUGUCAAUUUAAGUAUACUUAUGUGGGCUUCUGUUCCUGAGACAUAUAUUGGAAUCUAUUUUGGAAUCGAGCUAUAUGCUCCAAGUCUUCAUAACUUUGCUUUUACGGGUCGCUAUACUCCAAAACUUUUUGGCAGCAAGAGUGUUCUCUCUUCCAUCAAACUUGUAAGUGUUGAUUUAAGAUGUCGUUUGAUCUCGGAGUCGCGGGAGUCUUCAUCAUUUCUACUCAAUUGGCUGGUUGAGCUGGCUAAUAUCGAAUCGUUGACUUUUUAUUCAAAUACUCUCGAGGUUCUUUCUUUAUUUCCUGAUUUAUUGAAGGCUGAGCUCCAUCCCUUGUAUAACUUGAAGUCCCUGAAAAUAGAAACGGACCAAACUACAUCUAUAUGUAAUGAUGUGGUAGAAUUUUUGAUUCAAAACUCACCCUCGGCAAAGGUUGACAUCAUACGUUUGUAAAGACAACUUUGGAGUUAUAAAGGGAUGAUGCAUCUAUAUUUAUGAAGGAUUUUUUUUUGGAUUAAUUGCUCUUUCAAGUGUCAACUACUUUUUUUUUAUGUCAGUUAUAACUUAUGUAGUUAUUUAAUCAUUAUUAGUCAGGGUUAUGUAAUUGCUUUAAAUUAAAUUGAACUAUAUGUCGUUGGAUGACGUCUUUAGUUUCAUGAUGACAAUAACAUUUGAUUUGUCUAAGAAUUGCAUUAUAUAUUUUUAAUUUGGUGAUAUGUUCAGAGUAAACUUUUGUUAACACCGCAAUAUGAGUUUGGAUAUCUGUAAUAUGUAGUUUGAACA